GAGAAUUGGAAGCAAGUGCAAUUAAUUCCUCAAUUUACUUUAUUGCGCAGUUGGUGGCAAUUGUUUCCUUGUCACUUGUACCCACUAGGGAGUCAACGAGGAUGGACAUAUUGACGGGAUGCACGGGCUCCAUUGCAGCUGAAGUUGUAAAAUGCACAGCAAAGCCCGUCAUACGUCAUGUUGGUUAUUUGUUCCGUUUCAAGAAAACUGUUGAUGAUCUUACCAAAGCAAAAACAGACCUGCAAGUAGAGCAGCAAAAGGUGCAAGAGGCUAUCGAGCGAGCUGCAAUGAACAAUGAGAUUGCUGAGAAGGAUGUAGAAAGGUGGUUGGCAAAUGUGAAUCAACUCAUGGAAGAAGUACAGGCUUUGGAAAUUAAAGUACAAGUAAAUUUGAGGUUCUGUAACGGCUGGUGUCCUGAUUGGAUUCGGCAAUACAAGUUAUGUAAGGAAGCCAUUCAGAAGACAAAUGUUGUCAAAGAGCUCCAAGAUAAGGGCAAAUUUUCUGAAUUGACCCAUCGUGCUCCGACUCCUGGCAUAGAGAUCUUUUCAUCUAGUGAUUUCGAGGUGUUUGAAUCAACAAAAUUGGCUUUCCAACAAAUUAUGGAGGCAUUGCAUGAUGAUAACAAUAAAAGGAUUGGACUGCAUGGAAUUGGAGGGAUUGGGAAAACAACCCUGGUGAAUGAAGUAUACAAGAAAGUCAAAGGAUUGAAUAUUUUCAAUGACAUUCUGAUGACUGUUGUGUCCCAGACUCCUGAUGUUAGAAGAAUUCAUGAUGAAAUUGCAGGCUGUUUAAAUUUGGAUUUUAAAGGUAAGAGCGAAAUGGCAAGAGCAAGUGAAAUAUGCUUAAGAAUAAAGAGUAAAGAAAAAAUCCUCAUAAUCCUUGAUGAUGUUUGGAAAGAUGUCAACUUAGAAGCUAUUGGAAUUCCAUCUUGUGAUGAUCACAGGGGUUGCAAGAUGCUUUUGACUACUCGAAGUGUGCAUGUAUGCAAUUUGAUGCGUUGUCAAAGGAAAAUUCCAUUAAAUUUCUUAGUGGAGGAAGAAUCAUUGGCUUUGAUGAAAAAAACCGCUAUAGUUGAUGAUUGCCCAGGCUUGAAUGAUGUGGUACUAGAAGUUGUUAAAGAAUGCAAAGGUUUGCCUAUAGCAAUCAUUACAGUGGGAAAGGCUCUUACAGGAAAAUCCCUCAAUGAUUGGAAUGUGGCAAUGCAUCAACUAAGAAAGUCUAGACUUGUUGAUAUUGAAGGUGUUGAUGAAGAAAAUAAUGCUUAUGCAUGUCUUAAGUGGAGUUUUGAUCAAUUAAAACGCAAAACCAAGUUAUGCUUUUUGUUGUGUUCUUUAUUUCCAGAAGAUUAUUAUAUUCCUGUUGAGGAAUUGACUAGAUAUGUCAUGGGACUAGAGGAGGAUGAAUAUUUUGACUCACUUAAUGAGGAAAGGAUCCAAGUGCGUGCUGCAAUCAAUAGCCUCAAAGAUUCUUCUUUACUACUAGAAUGUUCUACAGAAAAAUUUGUGAAGAUGCAUGACAUGGUUCGUGAUAUUGGCUUAUGGAUAACAUCGAAAGGGGACAAUGAAUUCAAGCUAAUAGCCUGCACUCGUUUAGAGAGAAACACAAACUUUGAAAGAGCCACAGCAAUCUCCUUGAUUGAUUUCAACACCAAACAACUUCCUGAUAAAUUGGUAUGUCCAAGACUCAACAUUUUGUUAUUGCGUGGAAUUCAAAGUUCCAAAAAUAUCUCUAACGCAUUAUUUGAAGGGAUGAAUUGUCUCAAGGUUUUAUCACUACAUCACAUAAUCUUAUCAACACAAUCACUCAAAUUAUCGACAAACCUUCGGACCUUAUAUUUGGAAAACUGCGAUUUCAGUGAUGACCUCUCUUCAUUGGGAAAGCUAAAGAGACUUGAGACUUUAAGCUUUUACAGAUGUGGAAUAAAUGCAUUGCCGAGUGAGUUAGGGGAAAUGGUGAGUUUAAAAAUGCUAGAUUUGACGGGUUGUAAUCAACUGCAACAGAUUCCACCAAAUGUGAUAGGAAGAUUAUCCCAAUUAGAAGAACUAAUCAUUAGUAGCCGCUUCAAGAAUUGGGAUGUUGAAGGGACAACCUCAGAAAUAAGCAACCCUAACUUGUCAGAGUUGAACUCAUUACUCCGCUUGGUUAAUCUCUCUCUAGAGUUGAACUCGAAUCAUUUACCCAAAGGCUUUGUUUUCCCGGACUUGCAUAGAUAUUUCAUAGUGAUUGGCGAACAGUUAUCGACUCCUGUGCCACCUUGGCAAACGCUUGGCGAACCGUUAUGGACUCCUGGGACACCUUGGCGAACCCUGGUAAUCGAAGAUUUGAAUGCCUCCUCAAUGAACGCAUUGAAGUCCUUGUUCCAUACCGUGGAAUAUAUUUCGAUUCAGUCUCGUGAGAUGGAAUGCAUUGUUGAUACAAUAUGUGAGGGGCCCAACCAGUAUGAAAUCUUCAGCAAUCUCACAGUUUUUAAAGCAUCUGGAUGCCCGAGAUUGAUCAGUCUCUCCUCGCCGUCCCUUGCUCAACCAAUAUGUCUCUCAAAAUUAGAGACUCUUGAGGUAUGGAAUUGCAGAAAACUGGAAUAUAUCUUUCCUAUCUCAGUUGCUCGAGGUCUUCAGCAACUAGAAAGGCUAAGAUUAGGAAAUCUUCCUCGAUUAAAGAAAGUAUUCGGCCAGAACAGAGAAGGAGAAGUUGGGGAUUGUGAAAUAGAGAGUCACCAUCAACCUACAGGCUUCCCAAAAUUAAAGACUAUUGAGGUAGUGAAUUGCGGAAAUCUGGAAUAUAUGUUUCCGAUCUCAAUUGCUCGAGAUCUUCCCCAACUAGAAAGUCUAUCAUUAAAAAAUCUUCCUCAAUUAAAGAAAGUAUUCGGCCAGAACAGAGAAGGAGAAGUUGGGGAUUGUGAAAUAGAGAGUCACCAUCAACCUUCAGGCUUCCCAAAAUUAAAGACUAUUGAGGUAGUGAAUUGCGAAAAUCUGGAAUAUAUAUUUCCGAUCUCAAUUGCUCGAGAUCUUCCCCAACUAGAAAGUCUAACAUUAGAAGAUCUUCCUCAAUUAAAGCAAGUGUUUGGCCAUGAAAAAGGAGGAGAUGAUGGGGAUGGAAACAACAACGUGCUAUCUAAGUUGAAAAACUUAAGAUUAAAGAACAUACCAGAGCUUGUCAGUUUGGGUGGAGGAAAUAGUUCUUCAGUUUGGCCAUCAUUGCCAUUGGAGAGCCUAGCAGUGGUGAACUGUCCUAAAGUGAAGUUGGCUGAUGUGGAAGCGAAUGUGCCAGCUCUGCAAAAGCUUCAAAAUUUACAGAUCUUGUCUGUGGACGAUUGGAAUGCAACUUCAUUUGAUUUGAUGCAAGGUUUGUCAAAUUUGGAAGAAUUAGAAAUUAAAAAUUGUGAAGGAAUCCAAGAGGUGAUUAAGCUUGAAGGGCUUCUUACUAUAAAAGGAGAACAACACGAUCUGUUACUCCCAAGAUUGAAGAAAAUAUUGUUGAUUGAUCUACAUCAACUGAGGUGCAUAUGGAAAGGUGCAACUAAACUUAUAAAUCUCAAAAAUCUUGAAUAUUUAAAAGUCAAAGAGUGCAAAAAAUUGACGCAUCUCUUCACACCGGCCCUCGCUCAAAGCUUACAAAAGUUGAAAUUUCUUGAAAUUGAAGGGUGUGACGAAUUGGAGCAUAUAAUUGUUGAAAAUGUAGAAGAACAGGUCUCAUCAGAGAGUCAUCUCCAACCUUUAUGCUUCCCUAACCUGAAAAGAGUCAAUGUCACAUACUGCAAUAAAUUGAAAUAUCUCUUUCCCAUGACCAUCGCUGAUAGUCUUUUAGAACUAAAGAUUCUCGUAGUAAAAGAAAACUCUCAAUUAAUGGAAGUAUUCACACAUGAAGGAGACGCUGGAGUUCAGAAAGAUGUAACGCUCCCUCAACUAGAAUUGAUGGGACUCAUAGAUCUACCAAGCCUUGUUAACUUCUGCCCAAAGAACUAUCAGUUUAUACUGCCAAAAUGGGACGAUUUAAGAGUGGAAAGCUGUAAGAAGAUGAGGACGACUUUUACCCGUACUCCAGACAGAAGUGUGCUUAUAAAUGGAGAGGUUGCCCAGAUAGACGAGCCUACAGGGACUUCAACAAUUUCUCCAGUGCUUACCAUAUGCCCUGCCAACAACGAUAUAACAUGGACGACAGGUGAAUUCUCAUUAGAUGUAUUCUUAUUUUACCACGUAUUCUAAAGAUGGUGAUUUGGAUUUAUUAUGAUCUUUUCUACACACGGGGCUUAAAUUUGUGGCGGGCUUAUGGAUGGAUGGACGUGCUACUUCUGUAGAGGUCUCCGUCCUCAAAAUAUUCUCAUCUCUGUAUUUCACAACUCUUUUGCUUUCUAUUUAUUUGAUGUGUGUGUUUUAUUUUAUUUUAUUUUUUAUAGAUAAUGUGUUUUUUCUUUUUAUUUCUUGAACAAGAGACAAAUAUUUGUACAACUUUUUUUAAGUGAUAAUAUAU